AUGCAGCCGCCGCCGGAAGAGGGAGGAACAGCCCGCCGCCGCUGCGUGUGGUUCGUGUCCUGCUCCCUUUUCCUGGCGCUGCUCGCCGGCGGCGCCCUGCUCGUGUUCUACAUCGCGCAGCCGGAGUCACCCGACACGGCGUGGUUCCCCGUCGCCGGCAUGUCCCUCGUCGCCAUCCCCUGGCUCUUCUGGCUCGCCACCUGCACCUACCGGUGCACCAAGAUUGGCGACGUCGAAAGGCCGCCGCUGCGAGCCGCCGCCGUCGCUCCCGUCCCCAAUAACAAAGUCUCGCCGGUCGACGGCGGUGAUGAUUCGUCUCGGAACUCGCGCGAGAGCGAGGCGCCACUGGCUUUCAAUUAA